AAAAAAUAUCGUUGGUCCAUCUCUUAUCUAAAAACCUUGCACCCUCUUCAAGCUUUCUCACUCAUGGCGCCUCUUCCUUCUUCUUCUUCUUCUUCUUCUUCUUCUACCUUAAGCUCCAUGAAGAUCAAAAACUUAAUCCAAACCCUUUUUCGCUUUCACAUUUCUCGUGUUGUUCGAGCUCUCUCCAAGGCAAAAUCAAUAAUCAUCCAAACCUUUAAAGAAAACCAAGCCAUCCGCUUCAUUCUUUAUCCCACCAAGAAAUUAAAGAACCGCAAGAACAGGAAAAUAUAUUUUGGUUCAUUUAGGCUGCACUACAACUGGUGCUCCUCCCAUGUGGUACCCGUACCUCCUCCGGUCGUCCUGGACAGGUUACCUGAGACACAUUUGUACUGUGAUUCAACGUGGAAUUCGGUCAUAUCUACCGAUCAGAAGUGUGAGGACGGCACGGAGUCUCAACUCUCCGGGUACUUGGAAUGGCUAGAAGACAAGUCGGGCGAGGAAAUAGAAGUGAAUGAGAUUGAUAAGCUAGCGGAUAUGUUCAUUGCUAGUUGCCAUGAGAAGUUUCUGUUGGAGAAGGUGGAGUCCUAUAGGAGGUUUCAAGAAAUGCUUGCUAGAAGUGUAUGACUUGGUUCUUUUUCUAUUUUGACUUUCACAUUUCUAGGUGGAAAGUGUAGUUAUUGGGGAUUGAGUCAUUUUUUCUUUUUCUUUCUGCUUUUUAUCUUAUCUUUUUUUUUUCUUUUUUUCUUUUUUUUUUCUGAAAUUUGUAUUAGUGAUGGGGUUUGGAGAAUUGUACAUAAUAUGAAGUGUGGGUAUUUUGUGCAAUUCUUCUCUGAAAAUUUGAAAGGUGAUCUUGCAAUCUUUAUAUGUUGGUGCUAGGAUUGCUUGAAUUGAACUUUGUAGAGAUUUCUCUUCCCCUUUCUUUUAAUUGAUGGAUAGAUUUCUCACCUUUUUUCUAUUCCUUACUCCUUAUCAGUGUAUUUUGUCAUCUUGGGAUAAAAUUAUUUAUAAUUG